UUUGAUUGAAAACAAUUAAUUUGUAAAACAUUUAUCUCUUCAAAAACAGUCCAGAAUUACCACUGAAUGAGUCCAUCAAUGACUCUAAUUGUGAUGCAAUUGUAUUGAUUUCAUUGAACGCAUCGAAAGAGCAUUUGAGCGGAUCUCUGGCCAAAUACGCGCCACAACUGGAAGCGUAUGUAUCGGCCGAUCAGGCCUUCGAGAAAGUGGGAGGAGUUAUACCGUUGACCAACGGUUCGGCCAAACGUUUGGUGUAUUCACCGGUCGGUCCCAUAAACAGAGACUACGACGACGUCCGCCGAUUCACUGAAGCGGCCGUCAAAGGAGUCCAAAGAGCGUUGAGCGCCGGCGCGAAGAAGCCGUUAGUCGUCUUACCGACCAAUAGUGACCACUUAAAGGCCUAUAGUCUCUAUGAUUUAGCCACUCUUUUGGGCGCCUAUUCUGCUCUUUAUGUGCCUUUAGAGAUCAGAGAAGCGGUUCCCUUGAAGUCCAAAAAAUUGGAUUCAAUUAAUUUCACAAACUUCUCGUCCGAUGGAAGAACUCAAGUGGCGUAUCGUAUGGCGAAUGCCAUCGAAAGCGGACGAUCUGUGGCUCGAGAUAUCGGCGGAUCCGAUCCCGAAAGAAUGGCCGCACCAAAUGUGGCCACUUAUGUGCAGCAGUUGUUCCAGAACUCUGCGGUCAAAGUCAAUAUCAUCAGUGAUGGCAAACAAAUAGAGAAAGACUUUCCCUGUUAUGCUGCUGUGAAUCGAGCGUCCGUUGAGAGACAUCAGGCGAGGGCUAUAUUCUUGAGUUACGAUCCGCCGGAAAAAGUAACCAAAACAUUGAUAUUUGUGGGAAAGGGAGUCACUUACGACACGGGCGGAGCCGACGUAAAGGCCGGCGGACACAUGGCUGGCAUGCAUCGAGACAAGUGCGGUGCGGCGGCUGUGGCCGGACUCUUCCAAACUGUCGCUCAACUUAAGCCCAAAAGCACUCGAGUGUUGGGCGUUAUGGCGAUGGUUCGCAACAGCAUUGGAUCCNGCAUGCAUCGAGACAAGUGCGGUGCGGCGGCUGUGGCCGGACUCUUCCAAACUGUCGCUCAACUUAAGCCCAAAAGCACUCGAGUGUUGGGCGUUAUGGCGAUGGUUCGCAACAGCAUUGGAUCCAAUAGCUAUGUGGCCGACGAGAUCAUCACUUCUCGGGCGGGCGUUCGCGUCCGCAUCGGCAACACCGACGCCGAGGGCCGGAUGGCAAUGGUUGACUUCGUCGCCUACUAUAAGGAACUCAUUCUCAAAGACAAUUACGUCAAUCCGUCCAUCUUUACGAUCGCCACACUGACGGGUCACUGUUGUCUGGCCGUCGGCGACAACUACACCAUCAUUCUGGACAACGGACCCGCGCGUCAGCUCAGAACCGCCGAAACCAUACAAACCGCUGGCCAUGAGAUCGGCGACCCGUUCGAGGUGUCGACCAUUCGUCGCGAGGACUACGAGUUCAAUGUGGGAAAGUCUGAGUACGAGGACAUACUUCAGUGCAAUAACGCGCCGUCUUCUCAAACAGCGAGAGGACAUCAAAUGCCCGCAGCUUUUCUCAUACAAGUGUCCGGUUUAGACAAACACGGCUUGGAUUCCUCGAAACCAAUCCCAUUCUCGCAUAUAGAUAUCGCCGGCUCUUCGGGUCCCUUCCCGGGCAUUCCGUCCGGCGCUCCGAUCGCCGCUUUGACCACAAGAUAUCUGUUGAAAGAGGACUAAAAGAGCGAACAAAUCAAUUAAGAAAUUACACGAUUUUAAUAAUCAAUUAUGAAUUUUGGGAAAUUUGAUAACACAUUUGAUAAAACUAUUCAAAAUCAAUGACAUUAUUAUAAAAAUUAAUGACUAGUAAAGGGAAAUAAAAAACAUUAAAUUGAUUCUUAAACGACAAUGAUUUAAAAA